AUGGACGCCUCUACUGGGACUGGAGCUCCUUUGACGUUGGCCCUUUCUGAUGAUGGACUCUACGCUGCCCACAUGAAUGGAAAGGAUCUAGUCGUCUAUACCAACCCUGCUUCAGAAAACAAGGAAGUUCAAAUCGCUAGAGUGAAAGAGAACGGUGUCAAAUAUUUGAAAUUCUGUCUCACUCAAAGCCCACCUGGGGAAUUUGAUGAGGAUUCAGGACGAUGGCUUCUUAGCGCCAACGACUCUUGCAUUUCAGUAUGGCAGCUGGAACCGUUGGAAAUUCUCGCUGAAAUCGAGAAUGUCGAGCCCGGAGCACUGAAUAUUGACUUCGGCAGCGACGGCAAUGAAGUUCUCGUGUUUCAUGCCUGGAACACAAAACUGAUAAUCCACUCACUCGACUCACGUCGAAGCUCGGUAAUCAAGACGCCAAAAUUUGCCCACCAUCUUGGGUUUGGAUAUCGCCCACAAACAAGACAUCUGGCCAUCUUACUGAAACCUGAAACGUCUGAUCUAUUGACUAUUCACAAGCCGCGGUCCUAUGAGCUAGUCAAUCGCACAGUACUUCCGACUAUCGAUGCCCAGGGAUUGAAAUGGAGUCCGGACGGGAAGUGGAUUGCCGUCUGGGAUGUUGCUGGCGCAGGCACCAGAGUGCUGAUUUUCACAGCUGAUGGACAGCUUUUCAGGACCUACACAGGGCCACCGGACGUUGACGAUGCGUUUGAUCUGGGGGUGAAGCAGAUCGAAUGGAGUCCUGCGACUGGUGACAAGGGCGUCUCUGAGAUUCUGGCCGUUGGGAAGGUUAACGGAAAUAUUGACCUGCUACAGACUCGCACGUUUUCAUCUUCUACUACCCUCUCACAUGUCUUCGAAAUCGACCAGCAUUCAUGUACUAUUUGGCGUGAGCGUUUCACAAGUGCCCUCGGCGACGCAGAAUACGCCGAGGCAUCGAGCUCAUCCGCCUUCAGCAUGAGCCCCGAGUCAUCAGGAUCACUACGAGGCGUUACAAAUAUGACAUUCAGCUCCGACAGAAACCUUCUAGCGACCGUGGACUCGAUGCGAUCUAAUGUUGUUUGGAUAUGGGCUUUAGAUGGCCCUCCUAGACUGGCUUCGGCUCUUGUGCACGAGCAAGCAGUUCGGCAGCUUGUCUGGCACCCUUCAACACCACAGCUGCUCAUCAACACUAUCGCCAAUACAUUGCCUACCGUGCGGUGGUGGUCACCAAAUAGUCACCCGGUGAUCGCUCGGGUGCCUACCCAGAAGAGCGAGAGUGGCAAGUACGACGUGAAGUGGCUAGCCGAAUCCGAGCCUGACUCGGCAUUUUGGUUUGCAUCCACGGAGGAAUAUGUGGUGGGAUAUUUGUCUGCUGAGGAUGGCUCGGUCCAGUUUGAGGUGCUAAACUCGGUGACUAGUCGAGGAUAUGGCAGUCAUACAGGAGGUCUGAUGAGUCGAUAA